CAAUUUCUCUUUCAACCCACCCCUCCUUUCCAUUUCAUUCAAAAACCCUCGUUUAUGAUUGCGACACCGAAUCAGAAGCCGACGCACUGAUUCCUCUCUCCCUCUCUCUCUCUCUCCUGAACUGAAAAAAAAUUAUAAAACGUAGAGAAACUGAAAAUUCCAGUGAGUUUAAACCCUAAACCGCCAUUCAUCGUCCAAAUUGUAGAAGGUAAUCACAUCAAAGCAAUGGAGGAAGAAGAUCCCGUAACAUUCUUCAUGUCCCUCGAUCACUGGCAAGGCUCUCCGCCCUCCUCCGAUGACUUUCCCGCUCUUUCUUCCCAAGACCAAGAUUCGCAGUCUCUCACUUCUCCCUCGGAAACCUUCAUGCUCGGCUUCGUCAUCGCCAACAUCGUUGGAAUUCAAUACUACUCAGGCACCAUCAGUGGCCGAGAAAUGGUGGGUCUUGUCCGCGAACCCCUCAAUCCCUACGAUUCCAACGCCAUCAAAGUCCUUAAUACCCGAACGCUUCAGGUGGGUCACAUCGAACGCUCUGUCGCAGCCGUCCUUGCCCCCUUGAUCGACUCGAAUUUGAUUUCCGUCGAAGGCAUUGUGCCCAAUACGCGCUCUAAGGCCAACAGGUUCAAGAUUCCGUGCCAAGUUCACAUCUUUGCAAGGUUUGAAGCGUUUCCCUCUGCGAAAUCUGCAAUUAUGCGAUCUGGGUUGCAGCUGAUUUGCGAUUCUGAUGCGUCUUUCACUCUAUCCGAGGCACUGGUUGUCAAGGAGAAGAAGGAUGAGAGGGGUUCCAAGAGUGUGGAUGAGAUUUUCAAGCUGGUGGAGGAGAGUGCGAGCAAAAAGGGUGCUUUACAAGCAUUGGAACCUCCGAAACAAGUGAUCAAAUCAGAGCUGUUUGUUCACCAGAAAGAAGGCUUGGGAUGGUUGGUGCAUAGAGAGAAUUCUGGUGAAUUGCCUCCCUUUUGGGAAGAGAAAGAUGGUUCUUUUGUGAAUGUCUUGACCAAUUACCACACUGAUAAGCGACCGGAGCCUCUAAGAGGUGGGAUUUUGGCAGACGAUAUGGGGUUGGGUAAGACUUUAACUUUGCUUUCUUUGAUUGCGUUUGAUAAAUAUGGUAGUGUAGAUGUAAGCGUACUAGAUGAUAACAAAAUGGGUGAGGAUGAUUCUUUGUCUGUUUCAUAUAGUAAGAAGGGUAAGAGGGGUGCCCCAAGUAAAAAAGGCACCGGGUCACGAAAAAAACCUAAAACUGAGGAUACCAAUGCCAGCAGCAACAUGGAAGGAAAAUGUGUGAGUGUAGAUGAUAAGUCUUCGGGGUAUUGUAGUUCCAAGACAACGUUAAUAGUGUGCCCACCUUCUGUAUUUUCGACUUGGGUAACACAACUAGGAGAACACACUAGGCCGGGUAGAUUGAAGGUGUAUAUGUACUAUGGAGAGCGGACUAGCAAUGCUGAGGAGCUUAAGGAGUAUGAUAUAGUGUUGACUACAUAUAGUAUUUUGUCUACUGAAAAUUCUUGGACAGAAUCCCCUGUUAAAGGGAUUGAGUGGUGGCGGGUGAUUUUGGAUGAGGCACACAUGAUUAAGAAUGUUAAUGCUCAACAAAGUCAAGCUGUUACUAGUUUGAAGGCUAAGCGAAGGUGGGCUGUUACUGGAACUCCCAUCCAAAAUGGCUCAUUUGAUUUGUUUUCUUUGAUGGCAUUCCUACGAUUUGAGCCUUUUUCAAUUAAGAGCUACUGGCAAAGCUUGGUGCAGCGCCCACUUGCUCAUGGCAACCAAAAGGGGAUCUUACGGCUGCAGGUUCUAAUGGAAACCAUUUCUUUGCGGAGAACAAAAGACAAGGGGCUGAUUGGAUUACCUCCUAAAACCUUAGAGACUUGUUAUGUGGAACUCUCUGGUGAAGAACGUCAACUGUAUGAUCAGAUGGAAGGAGAAGCAAAGAGUGUCGUAAGGAGUUACAUUGAAGCUGAAUGUUUAAUGCGCAACUAUUCCACUGUACUUAGCAUCAUCUUACGACUUCGGCAGAUCUGCACUGAUGUGGCAUUGUGCCCUUCUGAUCUCAAAUCACUUCUCCCUUCAAACAAUAUUGAAGAUGUGUCCAAGAACCCAGAGCUGCUGAAAAAGAUUGUUGAGGUGCUGCAAGAUGGUGAAGAUUUUGACUGUCCUAUUUGCAUUUCUCCACCAAUGGAUAUUGUUAUUACUUGUUGUGCUCAUAUUUUUUGCCAAGCUUGUAUUCUGAAAACCCUUCAGCGCACAAAACCCUGCUGUCCCCUUUGUCGCCGUGCUUUAUCACAUUCUGAUCUGUUCUCAGCCCCUCAAACUGCUUCUGACAGUGACAACACAGUAUCAUCGAAAACAACCGUGUCUUCAAAAGUAAAUGCUCUCUUACAACUUCUUGUUGCAUCAAGGGAGCAAAACCCACUUACGAAAUCAGUAGUGUUUUCCCAGUUCCGAAAGAUGCUGAUAUAUCUUGAAGAGCCGCUGAAAUCAGCUGGUUUUAAGACUUUGCGCUUAGAUGGGUCUAUGAAUGCAAAGAAAAGGGCACAAGUAAUCAAAGAAUUUGGGGUGACGGGACAAGAUGUGCCCACAAUUUUGCUUGCAAGUCUCAAGGCUUCAGGAACAGGUAUAAAUCUUACAGCUGCAAAUAGAGUGUAUUUGUUGGAGCCAUGGUGGAACCCUGCAGUUGAGGAACAGGCAAUGGAUCGUGUUCACCGGAUCGGGCAAAAGGAAGAUGUGAAGAUUGUGAGGUUGAUUGCUCGAAACAGCAUUGAAGAGAGGAUAAUAGAGUUGCAAGACAAAAAGAAGAAACUUGCAAAGGAAGCUUUCCAGAGGAAGGCUGCAAAGGAUCGGAGGGACGUAGGGGCCGAGGAUCUUCUUGGCCUCAUUGGCUUGUGAGUUGGUGCAAGUAUGCAGGCAAGGCAUGGUACAUUUUCGCGUUGCUCAUGUUUUUGCAGUUGUUGCACAUAGAGUAGGCAUUUUUGUUACAUCAAAUGGAGCAGAUGGCCACCAUGCUCUCCUUUUAUGACGCUAGUGCCUUUCGUUAUGCACUCAAUGUGAGCGAACCCGAAAACAGGCAUUGCGCUUUUGUUAUGCACUCAAUGUGAGCUAACCCAAAAAGGGGCUUUACGCUU